AUGGUUCCGUGCGCCUCCAUCGUUCCGAGCGACUACAUGCAGUCGCUCGGAACCACGGAGGCGCACGGAACCACCACGGAGGCGCACGGAACCAUGCAGGCGAACGGAACCAUGGAGGCGAACGGAACCAUGGAGUUUAGUUUCGAAGAACUGACAACCAUGCUACACGAGGUGAAAGCCGUCGUGAAUUCUCGAUCUUUGGCCCCUGUUCUCGACGCUCCACACGAGCAGGAUGCUUUAACGACUGCGCACUUCUUGUUGGGCAGGCGUCUGACGGCUUUCCCAUCAGUCAACGUAGAAGCUAUGCCAGGUUCUGUGAGAGGGGACAUCACCAGGCGUUGGCUACACAGGCAGCAACUGCUGGACCAAUUCUGUCGGAGAUGGCGGAAGGAAUGCCUCCUUCAGCUCCGCUCCGCACACCGGUCGCCCGAGACGUGGACAAACGACCUACAGAACGGGAACCUCGUUCUUGUUCACGAGGACAAGACCCCACGGCUCAUGUGGAAAACGGGGAGGAUCGAAACAGUUCAGCUGGGCAGAGACAACCACGUGCGUUCCUGUCUGGUGCGCCUACCAAGCGGGGUAACGCUUCGGCGCCCCGUGCAGCUCCUUUACCCCCUGGAACUGGCAAGUGAAUGA